AGUUUCUUUCUCUCUCUCUCUCUCUCUCUCACACACACACACACACACAUAGCACUCUGCCCGUCCAAGGGACGCGAUUCAAAAGGGCAGCAAACGCGGUCGUUCUUUCUUUCUGUUCCCUUUCUAACCGCGCGGCAACAUGAACAAGCUGUACAUCGGUAACGUGAGCGAGGAGGCGAGCGCGCUCGACUUGGAAACUAUAUUCGAGCAGUGGAAGAUACCGUUCAGCGCGCCGUUUUUACUUAAAAGUGGCUACGCGUUUGUGGACUGCCCUGACGACAAGAUCGCAAUGAAGGCCAUUGACACACUUUCAGGAAAAGUAGAACUUCAUGGAAAACUUCUAGAGGUAGAGCAUUCUGUCCCCAAGCGUCAAAGGAGCUGUAAACUGCAGAUCAGAAAUAUCCCGCCACACAUGCAAUGGGAGGUGUUGGAUGGAUUAUUAGCUCAGUAUGGCACAGUGGAAAGUUGUGAACAAGUCAACACUGACACGGAGACGGCUGUAGUGAACGUCCGUUAUGCAGUUAAGGACCAGGCCAGACAAGCAGUUGAGAAACUCAAUGGUUUCAUGAUGGAAAAUUAUGCGCUGAAGGUGUGCUACAUACCAGAUGAGACUGUGCUCUCUGAUCCCCCAGCAAUGGGCAACAGGAGAGGAGGGGGACCACGUGGCCCACCACGCCAGGCCUCACCCUCCCUGGGUACUCGUCCCAAGCUGCAGUCUGAUAUUCCACUGCGCAUCCUCGUGCCCACUCAGUUUGUGGGUGCCAUCAUUGGCAAAGAGGGUGCUACCAUCCGCAAUAUUACCAAACAAACACACUCAAAAAUUGACAUCCAUCGUAAGGAAAAUGCAGGAGCGGCAGAGAAACCCAUAACAGUCCAUUCAACUCCAGAGGGAUGCAGCUCUGCCUGCAGGAGCAUCAUGGAGAUCAUGCAGAAGGAGGCCCAAGACACCAAAAUCACUGAAGAAAUUCCUUUGAAGAUUUUGGCUCAUAAUAAUUUUGUGGGGCGUUUAAUUGGAAAAGAGGGCCGCAAUUUAAAAAAAAUUGAACAAGACACUGGGACCAAAAUCACCAUUUCCCCUCUCCAAGACCUGACUUUGUAUAAUCCAGAGCGAACAAUCACAGUUAAGGGCUCAAUAGAGGCGUGUGCCAGAGCUGAAGAGGAGGUCAUGAGGAAAAUCCGAGAGGCCUAUGAGAAUGACGUGGCUGCCAUGAACCUCCAAUCCAAUCUGAUUCCUGGCUUGAAUUUAAACGCCCUGGGUCUUUUCCCGGGUGGGACAACAGGAGCGAUAUCCCCCUCUAUGGUGCCAGGACCUCUCUCUGGAACGCAAGCUGGAUACCCAUCUUUUGGGUGCAGCGGGUUUCAGAGCGAGGUGCCGUUUUGGUCCUCCAGCAGUAGCCCACACUCUCAGCAGCCCGAGUCGGAGACAGUGCAUCUCUUUAUCCCUGCGCUGGCGGUGGGAGCCAUCAUUGGGAAGCAGGGCCAGCAUAUAAAGCAGCUCAGCCGUUUCGCUGGUGCCUCAAUUAAAAUUGCUCCUGCUGAUGGCAUGGAUGCCAAGCAGAGGAUGGUCAUUAUUUCAGGACCACCAGAGGCUCAGUUCAAGGCUCAGGGACGCAUCUUUGGAAAGCUGAAGGAGGAGAAUUUUUUUGGGCCAAAGGAAGAGGUCAAACUAGAAGCUCACAUUAAAGUGCCGUCGUUUGCUGCUGGCAGGGUCAUCGGUAAAGGGGGCAAAACGGUCAAUGAAUUACAGAACCUCACCAGUGCGGAGGUCGUUGUUCCUCGUGAUCAGACACCAGAUGAAAAUGACCAAGUGGUAGUGAAGAUUACUGGCCAUUUCUAUUCAAGCCAGCUGGCUCAACGAAAGAUUCAAGAGAUCCUUUCGCAGGUGAGGCGGCAACAGCCAAAAGCCUCACCUACUGGGGCUCCAAUACCACGGAGAAAAUGAUUCACCCCGUCGCAUGGUGAUGGAGAAGAGAGUGGGGCAUGAGACGUGCCCAUCUCUGGAGUUCAUCUCACCUACUCUUGCACCCCGCCCACCUCCUGGCAUUUCUAAAAUAAUCAAUUUUUUUUCUCAACAUGAGAACAUGGCUAUGACAACUAGUCUCCCCUUCACUACCGUAGUGUGGUAACUGCACGAUGUGUUUUGUUUUUCUCUUGUUUUCCCCUUUAACGUUUUUGUUGCUUUUGAGUUUCAAGUCAAGGCAUUUCUCUCCUAGCCUGGCUAGGGGUGGGGUCCUUUAAAGCUCUGGGUAUGGGAUGGGACCGGAAGUGGUGUAGUCAGAACUAUUUUGUCCCAGUAUUGCUAAUGGCAUUUUAUAAAUUCAGAUGCAUUUUAUAAAGGAAAUAGUAUAGAUAUAAGAUGAAAUACAAUAGCUGGCAGAGCAGCACUGCCACUAACAAUUUACAGGAAGUGUUGAUUGGUGUUAGCCAGGAAACCAAGUUAAUAUGCAUUUUUACUGAUCUACCUCAGGCUAGCGUACCUCAGAAAGAAGAAGAAGAAGAAAAAAAAAAAGUAAAUGAUGUAUGAAAAAUGUUCCUUUCUUUUUUUUAUUUUGCUUUGUUGUAAUUUUGUAUACUUUAUAAAACCUAAUAGUUCUUGAACAUUUUUAUUUUUUUAAGAAAAAUAUAAGUCUGCUGUUAACACAAGACCCCUGAGCCCUACUCGAUGAUGCAGACAGAUAAUAACUGUACAUAAGAAUGUCUGCUCAUCUGGGUAGGUGAGCUUUAAGGGCUUGCUGUGCCAGAUAGGAAUAUUGUAAAGCACCUCGGUGUUGCUGAGGAGCCGCCAUCUUCUGGAAACAUCAACAAAGAAAAACAAGCUAUAGUUGCCGACCAUGCAUAUUGCAUCAAUGCCAUUUUUAAAUUAGCAAUUAUACUUAUCACAUUUUGGCAGGUACAUUGUCCCACAAACGUUAAGUUAGCAUUCAGGGAUUAGCUUCAGCGUUCAGGGAUCGUGUGAAGUCCUGCUGUAACACACUGAUGAGCCUUCAUCAGAUUCUCACAGCCCAGCCCCCUGUGGCACAUGUGCAUUUUUCUUUUGCCAGCCUUUAUUUUUGACAGUUGUGGGCUGGGUUUCAUCACACCAGACUUCCACACUGCAAACAUCUGUGAGUGUCCAUCACUGCAUGGUGAGGGUUGGGGGAGGCACACUGUUUCAAAUUCUUUUGAUGUUACAAUACUAAUUGAUGUCUUUAUAGCCAGCAUUAAUGUAGAAAUUUAUGGAUUUUUUUUUUUCUGAAUUAGAAAUGCAAGAAAGAAAAUAAUGAAUCCUUUUAGAAGAAAUAUGGAUUUUUUUUUUUCCAAGCGAAUGUAAAUAUGAUUGUGGUAAAAUAGCAUAUUUAUGCUUCCACACUAGUAAUGAUGUCUACCUCAGCUGAGUCAAAGGUGGGUGGCAUUGGAGCUUGUGCCUCUCACUAUGUUAGGGGAAAAAAAUGUAAAAAAAAUAAAUAAUCUGUGCCGAUACACAGAGUUCCUCAUGAGCAGUUGAUCUGGCUUGGCUCAGUGUGUCGUGCCUUGCGUUCACAGGAGGGGCACAAAUAAUAUUUUGUGUUUUUUUUUUUUUUUUUUUUUCUUUCUCCUUACACUAUUGUUGAUCUACCUCUUGAACACAUUUAAAUUAGAGACAUAUUACUAUUUGUUAGAGUUUAGGGUCAAUUCUCAGUUAUUUUCCCUAACAGAAAAAUGAAGAUGUAAAAAAAGAUCACGUAUGGUUAUAUUUGACAAAUGAGUGAUUUUUUAUUUUCUUUCUUUUUUUUAAUGUAUUUCCUGUUUGCCUGCAUUGUGAUCUGAUUACUUAAAUACUCAACGUGUUGCUUUUUCUGUUUUUUGGUGGUGUGGCUUCCAUGUAUUGGGCUUUAUUUUAUGCAUAGAUAUAUCAAGACAUUGUUCAUUUGGUAUUUGAUCAAUAGUACAAACAUUUUUGUUACAAAUUAUUUUUUCUUUAAAAUGGUCUCACCUGAUUUAUAAACCACGAACGAAGGUUUUUCCUCAAUACUUAUGUAAAAUGAUGCUACCGUUUAUUCUAAUAUACCAUUUCUUGCCUGUGUUGUGUGGUGAGUCAUGUUUUAGUGGGAAUGUGAUGUGGAAUUUACAGAAAGUGGUCCAGUUUCAGCAUGAACCACGACCCCCUUCAACCGUGCUUGUGCCCUCUCACACUUCCACUUGUCAAAUGCCUCUGAGAAAAAAUUUAAUAAAAUUCAUGUUGGCUCCUAAA